CCUCCUCCCCCUCUACCUAGCGAUUUAGCAUUCUGGGGUUUCCGGGUUAUUUUUUUUCUCUCUUUUCUCAUUUUCUGUGGGAGAGACAGUAACUAUUUUUCUUUUCUUUUCUUUUUCCUUUUCUUCCCUUAAUUAAUUAAUUAUGAUUUGUUCUCUCCCCCCAUUCUAGGUUGCCUUCCUAUUUUCCUUAUUAUUAUUGAUAAUUAAUGAUUGAAACCCCUGGGAUGGGGUUUGGUCUACGCAAGCAAAUUCCCCUGCACUUUGGUCGCUGCUGGGAACCUUGCACGCCUCCCUGGCCCGCUGGACCAAUCAGGGCCCCCUUGGCGAUGGACCCAUCGGCCGUCCAGCGUUCGAGGCCUCGAAUGAAGGCGGGGAUGACCAGCAGGAUAACUAUUCCAGACCCUCGUAGCCUAUGGGGGGCACGGCUGCUAAUUUUGGUGUGGCCUGGAAUGGCGUUACUUUUUGCUUUUUUCGCUGCGUUAUCUGGGUUGUUUUGUUACCCGGAGCUAGCAUUUCAUGGCCCGUACUUUGCUGAGGUUCCUUUCCCUGGCUCGAUGCGCUUGGGAAUCGUCCUCCAGCGUCCAUGUACCUCAGGUACCCUACACGAAGAUAAAGAAACGGGGGAAGCGCGUGAGGACGAGGAUUUUCCGCGCAUCACACCACCCUCCAGGCGGGUUCUCCAGGAAUGACUGGCCGUCGUACUUGUUUUUAUUAUCAGGAUUAUUUCCCUUCCCCCUUUGGCAUCUGACACAGUCACCGGCCAUGGUCGCCCGUCCCCAGUAAGCCCGGAUGAUCUAGCAGAAUGUCUAUCGAAUAAACAAAGGCCCUAGCACCGCCAGAUUGGCUCGAAUCAUU